UGUGGGUGGUGGUGAUUUGUAAGUGAAGGGAGGUGGUGAUGGUGGUUGAUAGUGAAAUUUUUUUGAAUGGAGUGAAGACGUGAAGUGGGUGAUGGUGAAAGUGAUUGAAUUGAAUAUGGUAGUUUUUGUUUAUAUAUAUGGGUAAGUUCGUAAAAUUAAGUUUUCUUUUUCUUUUGUGGGCAUUACCCGGAGAUUUUAGGGUGAUAUUUAACAAUCCAGCACUAAAUAACCGAAAUCCAAAACUUCCAUUACUAGUCUUCUAUCUUCUUCCACCGCUAUUCAACCUCUGAAUUAGGGUUUAUACUUUAUAUACUUUGUUCUUGAAAUUAAUUUCCAUAGCCAAACUCCCAAGCACCCUUUGAUGGCUACAUCAACCGUAAAUUCAGGGUCAGCAAACAGUAGCAGUGGAUCAAAACACUUAAUUGCAGAACAGGAGAAGAUGAUUGAAGGAGAAUUGGAAGUAGCAGAAGAAGUUUUGGAAGAACCCAUUGAAAAUCUUGAUCAAAAUGUCAAGGUGAAUGAAAUUGCACCGGAAUAUCGAAAAGCGAAGACGUCCGUUUGGUGGGAUAUUGAGAAUUGUCCGGUGCCCAAGAAUUGUGAUCCUAAUUUGAUUGCGCAGAAUAUCGCCUCUGCCCUCCUUAAAUUGGAUUACGGUGGUUGUGUUUCGAUAUCGGCUUAUGGCGACACCCACCGUAUUUCUUCUGCUGUUCAGCACGCCCUUUCUUCCACUGGCAUCUCCCUUAACCACGUCCCUGCUGGUGUUAAAGAUGCCAGUGACAAGAAGAUUCUAGUUGAUAUGUUGUUUUGGGCUGUUGAUAACCCUGCCCCGGCUAAUUACCUUCUAAUUUCUGGGGAUCGUGAUUUUGCAAAUGCCCUUCAUCAAUUGCGUAUGAGAAGAUACAAUAUCCUUCUUGCCCAUCCAUUUCAAGCCUCUGCUGUCCUUGUUGCCGCAGCCAAAAGUGUGUGGCUUUGGACCAGUCUGGUCAGCGGCUGCCCCCCUCUUACUGGUAACGAGCCACCACAACCUGAAAAUGGUAAUAUCUGUAAUGAUGAUGCAAGUACUGUACAGGAGGUAUCUAGAGUUCAACAGAGGGAAAACAAAAAUACUGGAAAGAAGAGAAAAAAGGAAGGGGAUAUUAAUACCCCAAAUCGCCAGCUUUCUAACAAGAAGCUUAAGGUGAAUUUCCAGACCAAUGGUGGAGGUAAAAUGAAAAAUGGAGCCGGUAAUUUAAGAAGUAAUGCUGGGGGACAAAGGCAGAACAUACAGACUCAGGGAGGUUGUUCUAAGAAAUCUCGUAGUUGUGGGAACUGUAACAUGAACCAUUUAGGUAGAGACUGCCAAGGGAAUCAAAUUCAGUGUUUUAAGUGCUUGAAAUUUGGACAUAAAGCCAAUAAUUGUCAUAUCAAACUUAUGAACCAUCAGACUAAGAACUCUCCAGCAAAUAAGAGCAAGUCUAAGGACAAUCAAGUCAGUAGUACCCCCAUUGCUAUUGGGAACAAAGCUGUUGAAAUCUCAAGCUUCAGUGAAAAUAAUGGCCUAUGUGAUGGCCAAACUUUUGAAGGUAAUCUUGCACUGUUAGGACAAGCAGGUAACCUUGAAAAAAUACAAGUGAUGAUAGCUACCAAUACAAUUCAAGGAGAAGCAAACAGUGACAUCAGUCAAGUAGAUGCCCCCGCCAUGGUGAUGAAUCAAGCUCAGUCCAGCAGUCAUGCACUGGUUGGACAAGAAGGUAGUAUUGCAGAUAUGCCAAUGACGAUAGCUACUAACAAUGUGACGCAAGGAAAAGUAAAUAACAACAAAGCCUCUAAACCAUUCAAUAAGAAACCUCGUAGUUGUAAGAAGUGUGGUGCAACCCACCCAGGAAGAGACUGCCUAGGGAAUAUAUACCAGUGCUUUAACUGCCAAAGAUUUGGACAUAGGUCCUAUGAAUGCUAUAGUAAGCCUAUGAACCAUCAAAAUCAGCAUUUUCGUACAAAUAACAGCAUGUUUACCGACAGUCAAGUCAACAAUAUUCCCACUUCUAGUGAGACCAGCUUUGGAGGAAACUCAAACUUUAGUUUAAUUUAUGGCCAAGGUGGUGAAAACUUCAAGACUAAUCAAGCACUGGUGAAAGAUGUUGGUAACCUUGAUAAAUUAUCAUUGACGACGGCUCCCCACAGUGCAACUCUAGGAGAAACAGGCAACAACAAUCAAGUAGGUUGUCAUACCGGUGAUACCACAGUGAUUAACAAACCUCAAGCCAGUACAAGUGGAACAUGUUUGAGCAAUGGAUUAUUGCAACAUGCACAGUUUCUGUAUCAAACUUUGCGACGGGCAACAAAAACAGUUACAAAAGUUGCAACAGAAUAAAUAGCUGUAGCAAAAAAUAGAAACAUACAUAUUGCACCCAAUCGCAUUGUAUACUGCAUCAACUUCUUUUCGGUAGUAGACUCCAACCGGAGGUCUGAAUAAAACUUAGAAUAUUUACUCACAAAUUUUCUAAUACUUUUUUUUAUAUUAAAGAAUAUCUUCUGCAAGUGUAUGUUUUGCCCCUCAGUGUCAUUUUAGCCCAAUCUCCUC